AUGCAGAGACCUUUGGUUGCGCUGAAGAUCGUUCUCGUGGGCAAUAGUGCAGUGGGCAAGUCAUCUCUCUUGCUACGAUUUGCGGAAGGCACGUUUGCGGAACUGCCAGCCACAGUAGGCGUAGACUUUCGAGUGAUCUCACUGGAAAACGUCCAGGGCUAUCGUGUCAAACUCACCUGCUGGGACACCGCGGGACAGGAAAAGUUUCGCACCCUGACGUCAUCUUAUUAUCGCGGUGCACACGGUGUUAUUAUGGUGUACGGUAUAGAUGAUCCAGAGUCGCUGAAGCAUCUUGAGACAGCUUGGCUAGAAGAAGCGAGACGGUAUGUGAAUAACCCAAACGCUGUUUAUAUGAUAGUGGGCAACAAAUCGGACCUGCCGACUGCUGUGGUGCCCAGGGCAGACGGGCGGCGACUCGCUGAGCGUGUUGGCGCACUCUUUCUCGAGACAAGUGCAAAGUCAGGUUCUGGAGUAUCGGAGUGCUUUGUAGAGCUUGUUGCACGUAUAUUGGAGGCACAACCCCAUGUAACAGGUGAUGGCGAGCAAGCAGGAGUUCAACUGGAAGCCGGUCCGUAUCAUGAAACAGCCUCAUGUCUUUGUUGA